GCUUUGCACCAGAGUGCCCGCCAGUUGAUUUCCCACUGGCUCGCGUUUGCCGAGAAUCUCGGCGUCGACUUCUCCAGCAAGGAGAAGCUCGAGGCGUCGCUGGGCUUCCUCGAAGGGCCCAAGAGGGAUGUUGUCGUUUCCAGCUACGACGAGAUCGUCGUCAAGAACACCCCUAUCCGUGCCUCUCCCGAGACAUGGACCAAGGACCUAUGCUUUGUCUCGCAUAUGUUCCAGGUUCCGUGGGCCGAGGACGCUCUCUACCAAGGCCAGUAG